AUGCAAUUCAAAUCAUUUUCGAUUGCUGCUUUAUUAGCUACUUCUGCUUUAGCUGCAGACUCUUCAUCUUCUUCAUCCUCUACUAAGACUUCAUCUACUUCAAUUCCUUCUGGAUGUAGUCUAGGUUCUAGUGCUACUGCCACUGCCCAAUCUGAUUUAGAUGAAUAUUCAGGUUGUACCACUUUAGUUGGUAAUUUAACAAUUUCUGGUGUCCUAGGUUCAGGUGCUAUUGCUAAUGUUCAAAAAAUUGAUGGUUCUUUAAGAAUUUAUAAUGCAACUGACUUAGUUACUUUUUCAGCUGAUUCAAUUGAAGAAAUUACAGGUUCUUUAGAAUUACAAUCUUUAACUGUUUUGACUACUGCAUCCUUUGGUGCUUUAGAAAAAGUUGGUACUAUCAGUUUGAUUACUUUACCUGCUAUUUCAACUUUUGCAACAAAUUUAAAAUCUGCAAGUAAUAUUUUAAUUUCUGACACUUCUUUAGAAUCUAUUGAUGGUUUCUCAGCUUUAAAGACCGUUGAUUCUUUUAAUAUUAAUAAUAACAGAUAUUUAACUAGUGUUAAAGCUUCCUUAUCUACAGUUUCAAAUGCUUUAGAAUUAGGUUUCAAUGGUCAAAAUACUGCUUUAUCCUUUGAUGAAUUGAUCUGGGCUAAUAAUAUUACUUUAUCUUCUGUCUCAAAUGUUUCUUUUGCUAAAUUACAAAAAGUUAAUGCUUCAAUGGGUUUCAUUAAUAACACUUUCACUGACUUAACUGUUGAUGAAUUAGAAUCUGUUGGUCAAACUUUUACUAUUAGUUCCAAUGAUGAUCUAGAAAAUGUUUCUUUCCAAAACUUAACUACUAUUGGUGGUGGUUUUGUUAUUGCUAACAACACUAACUUAAAGACUAUUGAUACUUUCAGUGAAGUUACUACUAUUGGUGGUGCUUUGAACGUUAUUGGUAAUUUCACUACUUUAGAUCUUUCUUCUUUGAAAUCUGUUAAAGGUGGUGCUGAUAUCGAAACUUCUGCUUCUAACUUCUCUUGUGAUGCUUUAAAGAAAUUGCAAAGUAAGGGUGCUAUCCAAGGUGAUAAUUUCGUUUGUAAGAAUGGUGCUGUCUCUUCAUCUGCAUCUUCCUCAGUUUCUUCUUCUGCCUCUUCUACUAAAUCUGGUUCUUCAAAAAGUUCUUCUGCUUCCAGUGACGACUCUUCUGAUUCUAGUUCCUCUUCCUCUUCUUCCUCUAAAUCUAGUGGUGCUGCCGGUAUUGCUUACACUAUUCCACAAGCUUCUUUAUUCGGUCUAUUUGCCACUGUCUUAUCUGCUUUGUUAUAG